GUAACAGCUGGAAACAGUGAGAGUGAGGGCCAAGAAGCAGUGAGGAAAAUACAAGAAGAAACUUCGUCUGGAAAAGUGGAGUUUUUAUACUGUGAUUUGGCUUCCAUGAAGUCUAUACGGCAAUUUGUGCAGCGGUUUAAAGCAAAGAAUUGUCCACUCCAUGUCCUGGUGAAUAAUGCUGGGGUGAUGCUGGUCCCUGAAAGGAAGACGGAGGAUGGGUUUGAGGAGCACUUCGGCUUGAACUACUUGGGACACUUCCUGUUGACUAACCUCCUCCUGGAUACGCUGAGGCAAUCAGGAACGCACAGUCACAACGCUAGGAUCAUCACUGUCUCAUCAGCCACCCAUUAUGUAGGCAAAUUGCACCUGAGCGACUUACAAAGCAGAUGUUCGUAUUCACCCCAUGGAGCCUAUGCCCAAAGCAAACUUGCCCUUGUGUUAUUUACCUAUCAACUACAGCAUCUUCUGACUGCAAAUGGAAGCCAUGUGACUGCUAACGUAGUAGACCCUGGAGUCGUGAAUACUGAGCUCUAUAAGCAUGUCUUUUGGGUUGUAAAAGUGGCUAAAUGGAUGACAGCCUGGCUGUUCUUCAAGACUCCAGAGGAAGGAGCCUCUACAACCAUCUAUGCAGCAGUAUCACCCGAGAUGGAAGGAGUUGGUGGCUGCUACCUUUACAAUGAGGAAAGGACAAAAUCGGCUGAUGUAGCAUAUGAUGAGGAGCUGCAGAGAAGGCUCUGGACAGAAAGCUGCAAGAUGGCUGGGAUUUCUGAUGAAUCCAGCAGGGUUCCCUAGAAGAUGCCACUUCCAGCUGGGUAAAUGAAAUUAUAUUGACAAGCAUCUUAGGUGAAUUCUUGCAGCAUCAGUCAUCAUCCUGGAAAUCACUGUUCAGUCCCAAAGGCAAACAUGAACAGCUCUGUUCUUCACUUGAACCCCUCGUCUGCUAGGGUGUGGGGGGAAAUAUUCCCACAGAAAGAUGUAGUGGUUGGUUUUAAAUCUAACCAUCAGUUUUGUAAAUCAUGAUGUUUCAGUCUGUGAU